AUGGAUGGCCCGCACUAUGUUCAAAUUCUUCAAGAUCAUCUUAUUCACAAUACUAGAAAGCGAUUUGGCGGACGAUGGCGACUACAACAGGAUAAUGAUCCGAGCAUAGAACCAUCAAAUAGCUCGGAUGUUAAUCCAGUGGAAAAUCUCUGGUCUAUCAUCAAGCGUCGUGUCGAGAAACGAGAACCAACAAAUCUUCGAGAAUUAGAUCUAUUUUUGCAUCAAGAAUGGGCCAAAACUGUCAUGUCCGUCCUAAAUCAUUUGGUAAAUUCUAUGAAAUCACGAUGCUUAGCUCUGAUUGAAACGAAAGGAGAAAGAAUCAACUAUUAA